CUUGCUCUGCCGCAACUAUCCGCGGACGGUCACCACGACGGUGCCACCUGUGUUAGCCCGACCAAUGAUCUCAUACUGCAUGGCACAUGUACUGGGAACUGUGACACUGCUACAGCCUACCGGUGGGAACUGCAAAUAGUAGCACAUGAUGGGGAACCGCAAAACCUCACGACUUCACAGCUUCAGGCAGCCGCAGACGACUACACGUUACCUACCCUCAUAAUCAAAGCAAGCGCACUGUCCGAACUCGAUGGAUCAGAGGACCUUCGUGUCUGUUACGUGGCUGUGGAUCUGCCCAGUCGGCCUGGAGUGUGCCGACUUUUCUGUCUGACCGAUCCUCCCUUGCUGGGCACGUGUCACGUCAAUGUCAGCGGACCAAUCCCUGCGGACAGCUACGUCUCCAUCUCCUGUGAAGGCCGUGGAAACAAUGGCGGUCCUUUCGUCUACCGUUUUUAUACAAAAGAAAAAGCUGGUAAUUUCAUCUUCCACACCUCCUCUCUGCCCUCAUUUGUGGGGGAACUGCCACACAAAAUUGGAGAAUUCGCUGUUUGCGUCCGUGUCAUUGACAACUACGGCUCCUACGAUGAACGCUGUUUUGUUAAAAUUGAAUUUACAGAAGAGAGCCCCAAACACCUAUUUGACCAACUCCAUGCAUUAGCCAAUGGAACCGACGACAGAUUAGCACGCCUGCUUGCCGAUGGCAAUUUCAACGAAAUCAGUGUAGCAUGUCAAAGUCUGGCGACUGCUAUACUUCAAGCUACUCAAACGGAGGAGGCCGGUGAGUUGCAUUUAAAUAUACCUCGCGAAAAGCCACAGCAUUCUCUCAGCAAACAUGCAUUUUCAUAA